AUGACCCGUGAACACCCCGAUAUGACAGCCAAUAUCCUCCUUUUGGAGGAGAAGAGGGAAGAAUGGCUUCGAUUGAAUCCGCAGAGGGCCUUAUUCGCCAACCCGGGUCCUCCGUGGUGGGAAAACUUGCAGCAUGCCCUUCGCCAACGGGGUUUUUCUAUCCAUAAAUACGCCAAAUUCGACACCAUCCAUGAUCCGAACUCUACGUGGCUUCUCGUCGCCUCCUCGUCUGCAUCAUUCCCCGAUUUCCUAUUAGAGCUACCUCAAAGGGUGGUGCCGGCGUCAGGAUUGAGGAGUUUGGUUUCCUCUAAACGUGCCCUGUGUUCAACAUUGAGCACGGGUAGGGGAAAGGUGGAGACAUUGAGAGAAUCCCCCAUCGCUCCCUUGUGUCUCGGGAUGCCAGAAGACUCCCAGCGGCUCCAGCAUCUUCUCGACGUCUACUCCUUGCAACACAGGUGGAUCUGGCUCCCCUCAACGGUUCCCGGACAGAGGAAGCAAGUCUUCACGACCAAAGAUCUCUACGGCAUUUUUCAGUCGAACGGUGGGGAAUGGAGAGCGGGAGGCGUGUUGAGGGAAAUGAUGGAGGGGGGCCUCAGGGUCCGGGGUUCCCUCGCGAGUCUGCAUCUUCUCCUUCUCGUCACCUCUUUCUUCCCCCUCAGAUUCUUCUUGGCCCCGAGGGCCUCCCUUGUAUAUUUCCGCUUCGAUCAUCGCCGUUCCUUCAACGAGAUACCCGAAGAAGAGAAAUGGAGCUUGGACGACUUCCUCCUCUGGGUCCGCGACCAGAGAGGCUCGAAAGACGCCGACCUGGCGAAGCAAUCCAUCGAGAUCUGCCUCGUUCGGUUUCUUCUUCUCCUCGAGCACCUGAUCAGGACCGAAUGUCCUCAAUCGAAACGGUGCACCGAAUGCGAGUGGGAUCUCCUGACUGUCGAGAUGGGUUUCAAUUCUUCUCUCUACCCAUUCAUCAUGGACGUGAAUCUUCGUCCCUCUCUUCUGGAUCUCGAUGACGUCACGAGAAAGGAUCUCUUUUCGGAAAUGCUGGACAUUUUGAUCCCAGAAAGUGAUUCUUCCGUGGCGACCGAGGUCGAUCGAGCACUUUCAAGUACUUCUUUAGACGUCGGUGUGAUGGGGGAAGGGAACUGUGGCCCAGGACACGACAUCUGCCUUUCUCACGACGAACUGGAGAUCCUACUUCAGUACAGACGAGAAAGCAAACAGUCCCUGACGUCCUUUCGUCUGGUCUAUCCGUCGGUGGAUGAAUCUCGUCACACCGACUUCAUCCAGGAACUGAACGGGGCCUUCGACCAUCCCAGGCCGGAACGAGUUUUGAAGCUGCAUGAUCUGUACGCGAGGGUCCAUCGAUUCUUUCAUGGCUUCAGAAGCAGAUGGGAAAAGAAGAAUGAGCAUCAGCUCGAAGAAACAACAGCUUGCUCUAAUGAUGAAGGAAGCCUUGGCACCCUGCGUGGGAUCGAGCUGGUGCCCGGAGACUAUACAUUGGCUUUGCAGCCUGAAUUCCACCCCCUGACUCGGAAUUACUCCGCUCACGUCCCUUAUAAACAUCACGUGGUCGGGGUGAAGGCCCUGGAGGCCCAUUGCAACACUGAAGCACGUGUCAAUCACGUGGUUGGCCCGAGCGGACUCGUGAAUGUAACGGUGGGGAUCGGUGAGACCCGUGUCACGAUCUACGUCGUGGAUCUCAGCUCCAGAGACUCCAUGAAAGCAGUGAACAAGUACGAAAUCUGGUUGAAGAGGCAAGCCCGAUCCCCGGCCAAGAAUCGCCCGCUUCCUACUCCGUCUUCCUACGAGGCCUUUGCCAUCAUACAGGAUUGCGACAUGAUAUUCUCAGGGAACGAUCCAUGUGGCCUCUUUCCUCUUGGAUUGCCUUGGGACGAGUUCCUCAACCAGUCUUCCCAACUUCCCAUCUGCCCCAGUGCACACGUUUCGGGGAGAUGGGUGGUGCCUUGUCGGUGCGAAAUCCAAGAUAUCCCGUGUGAGACGUGCCGUUGGGAUGAAGCCGUAUGGCAACCUCAUAACUGCCGAUUCAAGUAUUUUCAACCUGGGGAUCUGCAGAGGUGUUUCGCCGGUCGAAAGCUUCUGUUCCUGGGUGACUCCACCACGCGAGGGAUCUUGUAUCGAUUGAUUGAACGGGUGAAUGGGUCGUUGGGGUUCGGGGACAAAGUGCACGGGAUGGCCGUCCUGCCCCCGUGGAACGGCGACGGGGGGACGGCCAGGGCAGGAUUCUUCUAUUUCCCUCAGUUCUGGCUUCCCUCGAAUCGCCGACCCACUUUCGACGAGUCACUCUUUCAACUCAUCAUCAAGUUGAGUCCUUUGCGGAACGAUUCCUCAACGGUAAUCGUGAUAGGGGGAUACGGGUUCCUCGCCUCCACCCACAUUCACAUGAUCUCCCGGGUCCUUCGCAGAGAGGGCCUGGAAGGGAGCAGAGUGGUAAUAAAAACCAUUGGAGCUGGGCUGAGGGACUCUUGCAAUUCGUUGGAAGAGGUGUGUCGAUUGGGGGUGCAGAAUAAUGCCCUGAAGGCGUUGGCAUUGGCCAAGGGGUUUCGGGUCCUGGACACUUUCAACAUCACCAUGGCUAGGUUUCGAGACUUCUACCCUGGCUCCUGUGCCUGCCAUUUCCACAAGACGGAGGCAUCUGGGGGAUCAGGCUUGGGGCUUUUUACCGUGACGGGGCCCGUCAAUGCCGCCUAUACGGACAUCCUUCUUCAAGACCUCUGCUCUGCUGCCACAAUUGAUGCGGGCAGAGACAGAGAGAGAUGA